UAUUUGCAGAACUUGAAAUGUGCUGCAAAUUACAAACUCAAUUUUGAAGAAUGAGUCUGAGUCCUUAAUGUGUCUUUCCCACCCUCCCCCAAGUGGCUCCUGUGUCACCUUGAGAUACCACCAUCUAAGUGGAUUUUUAAAUUUGUUUUGUUUUGAGCAUUAUGGUACUCAAGGAUGUCCAACACUUAUCUUGUGUAUCUCCUUGUCCAGUUGUAGAAUAUAUUUUUUUCUAGUCUAAAAAAAUAGUUUUGUUGGAGUAGCAUGAGAAGGAGGGAUAUUCUCUCUCUUUCAAAUGUUUCUAUGGGAUCAUAAAAUAAAAUUGAGAAAAACUCAUAGGUACACCUUUUGGUUAUCAAUAGUUUAAUGGGGUCAAGAAAGUAACUUAUUAUUUAUAUGUUUAAGUAUUAAGAAUAGUACUUAUCAAUAGUGAGAAAACAAUUUGAAAAUUUGCAAGUAAAGUAAGGGUGGAACUGGAUUUUUUCUGUAGCUGAGAAAACAGAAGGUCACUAGUUAUUACCCUGAUAGGAGACACUAAAUGGGUCUUCUGAAAUUAUUAUGUUAAACUGUUGUUAAAUCCAGUGCUCAACAAUAAUGGAUUUGACAUCAUCAUAUUUUUAUUGUUAUUGUUUAACAGAAAGCUUGGAGAUUUCAACCAUCAUUUAAUUUUUUAUAUACCUGAAUAAUAAGUAGAGCACACUUAGUGUAAUUCUUCCUCUAUAAAUAUGGAUUAUAUAACUACUUAGUAUCCAGAAUAUUAGUGUGUGGUUAUGUGAUGAAUAUAACCCAAAAUGUGCUGAUGUUGGUCAAAAUCAAGAAGUUGUCCAUUUGAAGUGAUAUCUGAUAGCAAUUGUUAAAUUUGUGCCAAAAGGAAAAAUCUUUACUGAGAUAGUUGUUAGUUGGCUUUUAGGUAAUCAGUUUUCUUGUGAAUUAUUGAUACCAUAAUUCCUUCAUGUGUAAUUGUAGAAGUGUCACAUUUUCUAGCUCUGUAAUUUUGUCCUAUUUUGUCAUUCCAGAGCAGAGUCUGCAGAUCAUGGAGGGAUUCAACCAUUCUGGAGUAUCUGAAUUUGUAUUACUUGGACUUACUGAUUCUCCUGAGCUCCAGAUUUUUUUCUUUGUGAUGUUUUCUGUUUUCUAUUUACUAACUAUGUCGGGCAACUGCUUGAUUUUGCUCACAGUCCUAUGCACCCCACACCUUCACUCCCCCAUGUAUUUCCUCCUCAGCAACCUGUCUCUCAUUGACAUGUGCUUGUCCUCCUUUGCCACUCCAAAGAUGAUCAUGGACUUCUUUGCUGAGCAUAAGACCAUCUCCUUUGAGGGCUGCAUUUCUCAGAUCUUCUUUUUGCACCUUUUCACUGGGACUGAGAUUGUGCUGCUGAUCUCCAUGUCUUUUGACAGGUACAUUGCCAUAUGCAAACCUCUCCAUUAUUCAACAAUUAUGAGCCAAAGAGUGUGUGUUGGGCUUGUGGUAACUUCUUGGACAGUGGGCUUCCUGCAUACCUUGAGCCAGUUAGCUUUUACUCUCUAUUUACCCUUCUGUGGUCCCAAUGUUGUAGAUAGUUUCUUCUGUGACCUUCCUUUGGUCAUCCAGCUGGCUUGUGUAGAUAUCUAUGUUCUUGGAAUCUUCAUGAUCUCAACUAGUGGUGUGAUUGCUCUUGUAAGUUUUCUGCUUUUGCUCACCUCCUACGUCAUUGUUCUUGUCACUAUCAAGGACCACUCCUCCACAGGAUCAUCUAAGGUUUUUUCUACCUGCACUGCACAUUUCCUAGUUGUGUUAAUGUUCUUUGGGCCCUGCAUCUUCAUCUAUGUGUGGCCUUUCACCAACUUCCUGGUGGACAAAGUUCUGUCUGUUUUCUAUACCAUCUUUACUCCCUUUCUGAAUCCACUUAUCUAUACUUUGAGAAACCAGGAAAUGAAGACGGCUGUGAAGAAGAAACUAAGUAACCAAUACCUAAAUCUUGGGAAAACUUCUCCAAGAUAUCCAGUGCAAUGAAUCUCCUGAGAUUUAUAUCAUCAGUUUAUUUUUAUAGCAAUAUUUAGUAUCUUCAUUUCAAGUCUUUUAGUUUAAAUUCACAAAAAGAAGAAGCCAGGGUUGAGAGAUGUGAAAUAAUCUUGUCUAAAAAUUACUGAGAUGUUUGUGAGCCUUUUGAGGUUACAGACACGUUUGAAAAUCUGCUGAAAUCUAUAGGUUAUUUUCACAGAAAACUGCACAUAUAAUCAAAACAUAAAUUCAGGGCUUCAUAUACCCAUGAAUCCUAUCAACAUACCUCAGCAACUUAGAGAAGCCUGAGAUAAAAUACUGUUCUCUUGUCUUCUACCCCAGAACAUUCCUACUCAGUUGCACAGCCUUGUGGUACUUUGAUGGUGUCCACUUGCAGAACUUUCUUUAAAAGUGUUUAUUUUUCAUUAGAAAUAUUUUUAUGGGAAAAUUCAAAUGGUGAAGAGAUUCUUCUGAGUCAACUUUGAAGAAAAGAGAACAGUUUGGAGGAUCUGAGAUUUAACAAUCUGGUUUCUUAAGAGGUGUAUAGAUCAUUACCACACUUGAUAAUUGAUAUAGCAAAUAAUUAUUUAAACAGCCAUUUGUGAAGUUUAAACCAUAGAAAGUAAACAACUAAAAUAUGAUUCUCUCCUAAAACCUGGCUGAAUGUCAGAGAUAUGAUGCAUUCAUUUACUCUCAAGACUAAAUGCUUGAAAAAUUAACUACUUAAUUCAUGACAAGUUUGUCAUUUCCAAAGUAAAACAUUACAAAACUUUAUUAGUCUUAGUAUGAGUUUUGUCUCUCAUUCUCAACAUAACGUAGCCUAGAGGAAGAAAAGAUGAAACUAAUUUAAAAAAAUACAUAGAACAAUUCUUCCUAAUCUGGCUUAUUAGUGAUUGUGUUAAACAUACUUUUUAUUCCAAGACAUUUUUUGAAAAUCAGCUAGCCAAACCAUUUCCCUAACAGUGGAAGAACCUAAGAUACAGAAAAUUCUUAGAGCUGGUUCAAGACUGAAUUACUGUAAUGGUUAAAAGUCAUUGCUCUAAAUAUACCUAGAUCCCAGAUUUAAUUUUGGAUCUGUCAUUUCCUAGUUGUGUUAUCCUGGGAGUUUCACUUCAUCUCUCUACCCUGUUUAAUCUCUAAUAUGAAGAUGAUAAAAAUUGUUGUGACCAUUUUAUGGAAAGUGGACACAACAGACUCCAAAAAUGUCAUUUUCUUUUCCCUUCCCAACUACACAGACUCUUACCCAAAAUUCAUUUUAUUUUUAAGUAGUAUACCUUUAAAGAAUAACCACAUUCAGGUGAAACCAGUAGCUCACAAAAUUUGACAUUCUAGUUUUAGGACGUCUCUUUGCAGCUUCUUAAGACAUAUGGCAGAAAAACAAAUAGAACACUUUCCAGUUUUCCAUUGUUAACAUGGAGGGUGGUUGUAGAAAUUAGAAUGCCAGAUACUUUGUGUUUUUUAUGAAUAACAAUGUACUGAUAGGCUGCAUCUCUUUGAAUUGACCGAAGUUUACGAAAAUAAUUUAGGAAAUGAUCUGUUAUGAUGACAUUCAUGGUAUUAAUAGUUUCUUACAUUUAUUCUGGACUUUUAAGGUUUCAACAUGAUUCAACACAAUCUUCAAGAUAAAUAUUUAAUAUCUGAAGUUAAAUAAUGUGGCAGAGGUUUAUGAAGAAAUGUAGUAUUGGAGCUAGGUAUAAAAACCACAUUCUAGUUUAAAAUACUAGUUAAUUUUUAGCCAAAUCAUAAACUCUUUAUUCUUGCCAUAAAGUCAGUCAAAUGAGAAAAAGUAAAAAUGUCCUUUUGUCUCAUCUCCAUUCUUUAGCAAAAAUUAUCAUCUUUGUUUUAAAAUAUAAACCCUGCUUCUGGGGUGCCUUGAUGGCUUGGUCAGCUAAGUGUCUGACUCCUGAUUUCAGCUCAGGUCAUGAUCUCAUGGUUUGUGGGAUCAAGCCCCAUGUCGGGCUCUGUGCUGACACCAUGGAGCCUGCCUGGGAUUCUCUUCCUCUCUCUCUGCCCCUUCCCCACUUGCUCACUCGCUCUCUCUCAAAAAUAAAUAAACAAAUAAACAUAUAAAAUAAAAUAUAAACCCUGCUUCUGAAAUAGCAAUCUUUAGUUCAAUGACUAUUUAUUGAGCACCCAUUCUGUUUAAGGUCCUUUCUGGGUGCUGAUGAUACUACAUUAAUGUACAAGAUCUAUUUCUCUGUUUUUGAGGGACAUAUGUUUAGCAAUUAGAUGGGACCAGUCUUGAAUUCCAAUUGCAUCGCUUUCUUGUUGUACAACUUUGAGCAAGUAUUCCUAACGUUUCUAAGACUUUGUUUUCUCACCUAUAAAAUGUGGAUCUAGUAUAUAACCACUAGGAAUGUUGUGAAAAUUGAAAAGACAUGUAACACAAUUAGCAGUGCUUGGCAUUCAUUAAACGUUUAACCAAUACUAACUAAUAAAUAUUACUUAGUGCCAUUGUGUUAGAUAUGCACAAAUGACAGGGUAAAUGGAAUGGAAAUAGAUGUGCUUACCUGAACUUAAAGGGCAUGGUUUUAAGACUGUUUAGGAUGUGUCAAUUUACCUAAUAUUAACUAAUGUUAAACUAUUGGAUUUGUGCCAAUUAUUAAUCUUUGGUGCAUUUAUGUAGUUAAUGUUGUCCUUUGUAUGUUUGUGUUUUGCAAAGGAAGUAUUAUAUUUUAGAAGUUUCUUAUUCAUUUUAAGUUUAAAUAUAUUCCAAGAUUGCAUAGGAGGGAAAAAACAAUGCACAAUGUUCUACAGGUCAGUGUCCUGUUUCACGACAAUGUUUUUAAAUAAAGUUUUUAUGAUUGAAAAGUGAUAAAUAUUAUUCAUGUAUUUUGUCUGUCUUUAUGUUUUACCCAUUCAAAAGAUAGGGAAAUGCUUUAAAUUCUUAACUGUGAGGGGCAGCUGGGUGGCUCAGUCAGUUAAAUGUCUGACUCUUGAUUUUGGCUCAGGUCAUGAUUUCGCAAUUAAUGAGAUCAAGCCCCAAGUUGGGCUCUGCACUAGCAGCAUGGAGCCUGCUUGUGUUUCUCUGUCUCCCUCUCCCUCUACCCUCCCCCAUGCUUGCUCUCUCUUAAAAUAAACAAACAUUAAAAAAAAUAUUAACUGGGAAAUGAAUGGUGACAUUUACCUAUUCACUCUAUAUUCAGCUUAUUAAUAAAGAAGUUACUGGGGAACCUGAGUGGCUCAUUCGGUUAAGCAGCUGACUUCAGCUCAGGUCAUGAUCUCACGGUUUGUGGGUUCGAGCCCUGCUUUGGGCUCUGUGCUGACAGCUCAGAGCCUGGAGCCUGAUUCCAAUUCUGUGUCUCCCUCUCUGUCUGCCCCUCCCCCACUCACACUCUGUCUCUCUCUCCUUCAAAAAUAAAUAAACAUUAUAAAAAAUUUUAAAAAAAUAAAGAAGUUACCACUAUAGGCAGAAAGAUCUU